AUGCGAACAACCAAAUCAAACAAGUCUAUAAAGGAGGUUCGUUGUGUCAGUGAAAAUCGCUCAUGGAGAGUGCGUGCUACAAAGAUGAAAGAUUCACAUUUCUUUGUCAUUCGACAAUACCAUAGUCUUCACAGUUGCUCAUUAAUGAACCGAAAUGCCAAUCAUAAACAAGCAUCCAGUCGCGUUAUUGGUUCUCGUGUACAGGGACACUUUAAGAAUAGUAAGGACCCAUUUAACCCAAGAAGCCUUGCAGGAUUCAUGCGUGAGGAAAUGAAAGUUCAAGCCAGUUAUUGGAAAGCAUGGAAAGGAAAACAAUGGGCACAAAAUUUAAUUAGAAGAACAGCUAAAGAAAAUUUUGCAUUGCUCCCUUCGUAUUGUCACAUGUUGAAGCGGGCAAAUCCUGGUGUGGCCAUAAGAGGGUUCACUUACAUGAGAAAAGUAAUUGGUAUAGAUGUAGCUUGGAUCAAGACUAAGCAUAAAGAGAAGUUGAAGGACUUGAUACCUGAUAGCUCAGACUUAUGUUUUGUUUCUGAUAGACAUCAAAGUAUUGAACAUGCAGUUCGCCGUGUUUAUGUUAUGGCUUCUCAUGGGGCAUGUUAUUGGCAUGUAAAGCAAAAUAUAAAAUAUCGUUUCAAAAGUGCUGUUGGGAUUAAAUUGUAUAAGAAAGCUGCAAUGGCGUACCGUAUCGAAGAGUUUAAUAAACACUUCGAACAACUUCACAAAACACAUCCAAGUGUCGCUAAGUAUCUUGAGAAUGAUGUCAAGUUUAGAAACUGGUCUAGAGCACAUUUUGGUGCAUAUGCUGAAACUAUUUAUCCUAUACCUCCAAACUCACAAUGGAUUGACAUUCCUAAAGAUAUUCUUACAAUACAAGUGAUAGCACCUCCAGAAGAUAAGACUAAAGGAAGACCAAGAACCAAUCGCAUAGCUUCCAAAGGUGAAUUUCUUAAGAAACAAUAUAAUUGUUGA